AUGCCAUCCCUCAAGAACACCGUCGAGACCUCGAUUUACGAGCCUUUGGCUGCCAAGUCAAGACCAAUCUACCCUCAAGAGAGUUACUACAUCGAUCAGCCCCAUGCGCCCGGUGCCUACCUCGGACCCAUCGAUGCCUCCCUCUCUGGAGCGGACAAGAUCCCUCUGCUCUUCCAGCCUUUUACUGUCAAGGAUUUAACCAUCCCAAACAGGGUCGUGGUCGCGCCCAUGUGCAUGUACUCGUCCAAGGAUGGAUUCUUCACGAACUUCCAUCUGGCCAGUAUCGGUUCCUUCGCGAUCAAUGGUGCGGGUCUCAUCAUCCAGGAGGCAACAGCCGUGCAACCGAACGGACGAAUCACCCCUGGAUGCGCUGGUCUUUGGGACGAUGCCCAAGUGCAUAAGCUAAAGGAGAUCGUUGACUUUGUGCACGCCCAGGGUACUAAGAUCGGUAUCCAGCUCGCUCAUGCUGGUCGCAAGGCCUCCGCAAAGGCUCCGUACACCAAUCACCCAGAGUCUGAUUUCUGGCGCGACAAUGUCGUUGCCCCUUCUGGCGGUGCUCAUCUCCAAUGGGACCACCACCAUGUCAUCCCUCGCGAGCUUUCUCUCGAAGAAAUUCAGCAGGCCAUCGAAGCCUUCGGAGCCGCGGCCGCCCGCGCCGCCCGCGCAGGCAUGGAUACCGUUGAGAUUCACGGUGCGCACGGUUACCUAAUCCACAAUUUCCUGUCGCCGUUGACGAACCACCGCACGGACCAGUACGGAGGUUCGCUCGAGAACCGUGCCCGCUUCUUGCUCGAUGUUGUCCGCGCCGUCCGCGCCAACUUCCCGGCCGAGAAGCCCAUCUUCUUGAGAGUCUCUGCCUCUGAUCUGGUCGAGGAUGUCGUUGAUGGACCCUCGUGGGAGAUUGAACAGACCAUCCAGAUUGCCAAGUGGGUCCAUGAGGCUGGUGUUGAUGUCCUACAUGUCUCCUCCGGAGGUAACACGGCUCAGCAGUCGAUCAAGGCCGUGCCUGGCUACCAGGUUCCAUUCGCAGAGCAGAUCAAGAAGGCUGUCCCAGGGCUUUUUGUUGUUGCGGUUGGAAUCAUUAUUGACGGAAAGCAGGCUGAGGAGGUUCUGGAGCUGGAGAAGGCCGAUUUGGUUGCUGCAGGAAGAGGGUUCCUCCGACAGCCCGCUUUUGCAUUGGAUGCGGCUCGUGAUCUCAACGUCAAGGCGGCAUACUCGCAGCAGUACUCUCGUGGUCGCACCAUCCAUGGAUAA